UCUUAAUAAUUUAAUUUGCAGUGCACUUUCAGAAGUGCCAAUGUCAAAAGCAAUUGCUGGGGUUCGUGUUGGUCUUGUUGGUGAUAAGUAUAUAGUAAAUCCUACUACCAAGGAGAUGGAACACUCUGAAUUGGACCUCUUGCUAGCUGGCACAGAUAGUGCAAUACUGAUGAUAGAGGGAUAUAGCAAUUUUAUUCCAGAAGAAAAGUUACUCAGGGCUGUCGAAGUUGGUCAGGAUGCAGUCCGAGCAAUCUGUAAUGAAGUAGAAGUUUUGGUUAAGAAGUGUGGGAAGCCAAAGAUGUUGGAUGCCAUCAAGCUACCUCCUCCUGAACUUUAUGAACAUGUUGAAGAAAUUGCAGGUGAUGAGAUAGUAAAAGUUCUUCAAAUUAGAAACAAAAUACCCAGAAGAAAAGCCCUUUCAUCAUUAGAAGAAAAGGUUCUGAAUAUACUCACAGAAAAUGGGUUUGUCUCAAAUGACUCAAAACUGAGGAGUAGUUCUGAGACGAUUGCAGAGGUUCUUGAGGAUGAGGAUGAAGAUGAGGAAGUAAUUGUUGAUGGUGAAGUUGACGAAGGUGAUGUUCAUAUAAAGCCUACUUCACACAAACCGGCACUUUUAUUUUCUGAGGUAGAUGUCAAGUUGGUAUUUAAGGAAGUGACAUCCAAAUUUUGGAGGAAGCGCAUAGUAGAGGGGGGAAAGAGGAGUGAUGGGCGAACACCUGCUGAAAUACGUCCAAUCAACUCUAGAUGUGGCCUAUUACCUAGAGCACAUGGAAGUGCUCUUUUUACAAGAGGCGAAACACAGUCACUGGCCGUUGUUACACUGGGGGAUAAACAAAUGGCACAAAGAAUAGAUGGACUUGAUGGUGAUGAUGAAUUAAAGAGGUUCUAUUUACAGUAUUCAUUUCCUCCUUCAAGUGUUGGGGAAGUUGGCCGGAUUGGUGCCCCAAGCAGAAGAGAAAUUGGUCAUGGGAUGCUUGCCGAGAGAUCCCUUGAACGAAUUUUACCUUCUGAAAAUGAUUUCCCUUACACUAUACGUGUUGAGAGUACUAUCACAGAAAGUAAUGGCUCUUCAAGCAUGGCUUCUGUUUGUGGAGGUUGCUUAGCAUUGCAAGAUGCUGGGGUUCCUAUCAAGUGUUCUAUUGCUGGAAUUGCAAUGGGUUUGGUAUUGGACACCAAGGAAUUUGGUGGAGAUGGAACUCCGCUUAUUCUGUCUGACAUAGUUGGAUCUGAAGAUGCAUCUGGAGAUAUGGAUUUCAAGGUUGCUGGAAAUGAAGAUGGCAUAACAGCAUUUCAAAUGGACAUUAAGGUGGGUGGAAUCACUUUACCCAUAAUGAGAAAGGCCCUCCAACAAGCAAGAGAUGGCAGGAAGCAUAUACUUGAAGCAAUGACGAGUUGCUCACCUCCUCCGGCAAAUAGGCUUUCCAAAUAUGCUCCUCUGAUACACAUUAUGAAGGUAAAACCGGAUAGAGUAAAUCUUAUAAUUGGUUCUGGUGGGAAAAAAAUCAAGAGCAUUAUUGAGGAAUCUGGAGUAGAAGCUAUUGAUGCAGACGAUAAUGGCACUGUGAAAAUAUUUGCGAAAGAUUUGCCUAGUUUAGAGAGGUCUAAAGCUAUUAUUAGUAGUUUGGCGAUGGUUCCAACUAUCGGUGAUAUAUAUAGGAACUGUGAAAUCAAAUCGAUAGCUUCAUAUGGAGUUUUUGUAGAGAUAGCACCUGGCCGAGAGGGACUUUGUCAUAUCAGUGAACUGAGUUCAGGUUGGCUACCAAAGGCAGAGGAUGUGUUCAAGGUGGGAGAUCGCAUUGAUGUAAAGCUUAUAGAGAUCAAUGAAAAGGGCCAACUGCGCCUGAGUCACCGAGCACUGCUUCCUGAUACAAAUCAAGAUAACUCAAAUGUUAAACAGUCUACUGGUGAACUACCUGACGGCACAGAAACUUCAUCAAAAUCAUCCGAAAAGUCUAAGGACAACUCUAGCACUGCCAAAAUCACAUCCUCUUCUAAAAGGAGUUCAGAGGAUGAUGAUUCAGUACUUCCAUCUAAAAAGUUUGUCAGGAGAUUGGUCAACUCUUCCCAGGAUAACAAAGAGAAAACAAAGAAGAGUAGCAACAAAGCAGUUGGUAGUGUGUCUGUCAAAGAUGAAAGCAGUUUGAUUAGUGGAGAGGCGUAAAACUGAGCCAAUAUAUUUUCAAGUAAAGCAGAGACAAGUGAUGCUUUCUUGGAAAAAAAAUGGUUUCAUAUGCACACGAAGGCUGAUAUUGCAAGCUCUUAAAAACUAACAGUUGAAUGGUAUGAGCAACUUAUAUCAAUUCUCUGUAUAUUUUGUUGCAUUGAUAUACCUAUCUACAAAUGCCCCAACUGUCAAAUUUUUCCUAAAGGAACUUCUAUAUUGGUAACACUAUAAAUGAUAAAUAAGAGAAAAUUGCCUG